AACACUCUCAGUGGAAAACAUCAUAAAACAAGCAUGUCUAGGAAUGAUAAUUUGCAACUGAUCUCAAAGUUACAACCUUUUAUUUAUAUGUGAAUUCAAUUGUGAAGGUGAAAUGGUAUUUUACUCUUCAGGCGUAAAUCUACAAGGAUGAAUCAGUCUCACUUGAGUGACAACAACACUGUCCUUGGAAAUGUUCACAAUUGGCAAAAAUAUCAAGUGGAUGACUGUUAUGUACUCUUCAGCAAAAAUCCAGAUUCAUUUGUUUACAAAAUCAAUUCUCUAGCAAAUCACACUUUACUAUUCAGUCAGUCAAAAUCUCUAGUGUCUAUAAUGACAACGUGCUUUUUAAUUAUAUCUACUUUGGUCAUAUUCUUUGGAAACAUGUUAGUUAUUACAGCUGUGGCAACAACCAAACGAUUGAGACGUGUUACUGAUUUAUACAUUGUGUCUCUAGCUGUAGCUGAUCUUCUUGUCUCUGUAUUUAUUCUACCAUUGUCAAUAGUUCGUCAAAGUUAUGGAUAUUGGCCUUACGAAUCUCAUGGGUUAUGUUUAUACUUCCUUUCAGCCAAUAUACUUCUAUGCUUAUCAUCAAUUCUUAAUUUGUGUUGUAUAUCUGUGGACCGGUAUAUUGCCAUCGUUCAUCCAUUAAAGUAUAUUAGUAAGCGUACGCGUCAAACAGCACUCAUGAUGAUUGCAUUUGCUUGGAUUACAUCUUUUAUAUCUAUGCUACCUCCAAUACUUAGUAAACAACAUCAUACAGGUGUAGGAAUGUGUUAUAUACGAAGCGAUACACAAUACAGAAUUCUAUCAGGAGUAUUAGCAUUUUGUAUCCCUUUUCCGUUGGUUGGGUUUAUCUACCUACAAAUAUUUUGGGUUAUUCAGCAUCGUUCAAAAGCGAGUAAAAGUUCAAAAUUUCCAUCUCGAUUAAAAGAACAUAGAUAUGGAUCAGUGAGUAUACUAUUUGACUUAAAUCACCUUGGACGUAUUAAGAAGUGGUUUAGUACAGACGAAUUCAAAAGAGACCGAUUGUUUGUAUUACAUGGUCAAAAAUCAAAGUCAUGCACCGCAUAUAUCAGAAAUAACAGAAAUAAAAAUACAAAUAAUUCCAAACCUGGAAUUAGCACAGAAAAUGAUAUGUAUUCAAGUGAUGUAUUUUGUCAAAGUCCGUCUUGUUCACAUAAUAAUUACAUCAGUUCCCCAUCAACUGCAGACAUUUCUCAGACAAUGAAAUCAUGUCCAGAGCCAAAAGAAAUAGUUCAAAUAUCCAUGGUGCCUAAAAGAUUCAGAAUUGGUGCAAAUCUUGUCUUUCCAAGGGAACAAGAAAAUAAAAAAAUUAAGGAUGAAAACAAAUCUUCACCUAGUGUUAGUAAUACACAGAUUGACAGUAAAACAAAAGAUGAUACUUGCAUCACUGAUCAAUCAAGCAAAGAGAGUGAAUAUAUUCAAACACAAAGAUUCAAAGGAAGAAGUCGUAUGGAUUUAAAACUAGACAAUUCAAGUAUUCAUAUAAAUUUAAAUCGUAAUAAACAAGAACGUCAGAUAUUCAAGAGAGAACAAAAAACUGCAAGAUCAAUAUCAAUAGUUGUAGGUUGUUUUAUGAUUUGUUGGUUUCCCUUCGCUUCUAUCUAUUUAGUCGAAGGUAUAUUUGAGUGUUUGUUAUCAGAACAGGUUUAUAUGAUUACUGGUUGGUUUGCUUAUCUUAACAGUAUGUGUAAUCCAUUUAUAUAUGCUUUCUGUAAUAAAGAAUAUGCUAAUGCAUUCAAAAGAUUAUUACAUUUUAGAAAAUAUCAAAUUUAGCCAUAGAAAUGUACAUCUGUAUGUACACUUUUUAUUGUAUGCCGUAUGAAAAAUAUGCUGUCAAAUAUAUGCACAACUUACUUACCUAUUGUGGAUCAAUUAUCGCAUCAUUGAAUGGCAUUUUUAUUAUUUUGCUUCUAACCAUCAUGAUCUAGUGCACACGUGUCUAGGUAGGAUAGAUAAACACUGUCAUCUUUACUGUGUAUGAUUUCCUGCAUCACGAUAAAAGAUUAUCAUAAUUUAACCUGUUUUCUUUCAUUUUCUCUCUUUUUUUUAAAAAAAAUUAUUAUGUGAUGUAACAUGACUUAACCAGGUAGCAUUUUUACAGAAGAAGCGGAUGCAAUAUGAUGUUCGAAACAACCAGCAACUAUGUGUGUCUUUCACUAGUUUUUCUCUUAUUCAGUCAUCGAUAAAAAAAAAUAGCGUACGCUUCAUUAUUCUUUUCACCAUAAUCACAUACUUCUGGGCAUAUUUUACAUUGAAAAUCAUCAUUUUCAUAUUUGGUUUUUUCUUUCAUAUGCUUUGUGUAUAUAUGCUAGAAACUCUUGUAGAAGAAUACUGUUUUCCGCUUGUAAUGAAAGCUUUUUGAAUUUCCUUUUUAGUCGUUGCUGUUUUGAACAGGCUUUGAGGGCUUUUGUUUUAUAUUAUGCCAUGCAUUUAUAUAAAGUACUAGUUCAGAGGUGCAGCUAAGAUGAUAUAAGAUCAUGUGUAUUUCAUCUGCCAGUCACUGUAAACUGUAAUCAAGCAAGCAUCUGAGAUGAAAGUUGAAGGUCAUUCUCUUAUAUUUAGAUAGAAUCUUGACUAGCUGUAGUGCAUCCACAGAGAGCAUUUCUUUCGGAAUGUAUGUUCCACACCAAAAAAAAUGUUAUUUUACCCCAAAAUAUUAUCAAGCCUGACGGUUUUUACGGUAUCUUCAUUGCUUAGGCUAAUUUGCAAAUAAUAUUUUAUCAAUUUAAACGUCAGAGGUGUACACAAUGAUACCGCCUCGUAGAAUUCCUUAAAAAUAGGCAG